AUGAGCGAACAAAAUCAUUGAAAAAAUUCCUAUUUUUUGAGUAAAAACCCAUCCUUCGUGAGCGAACAAAAACAUUUGGAAAAAUCCCAAAACCCAGAAACAAAAAAUUCUUACUCCCCCCCCCCCCUCCGUGAGCGAACAAAACCAUUAGAAAAAUCGCCAUUUUUUGACCAAAAACCCACCCUCCGUGAGUGAACAAAAAUUUUUUUAAUAGAAAAAAUUUUAAUGGAAAAAAAAUUUUGAUAUAUAAGUGAUAAUUAG